AAGCAGCACAUGAAACCCAUGCCAAGAAAAGCAUCCAUACAACGCUUGCUAUCAAAGAACUUUCAACUCUGGCACAUGUUCAUAUUCUCUCUAUUUAAAUACAUGGACUUCAGUUUUAACCAAUAAAAUAUACUAAUAGUGUUUUCUUAAAAUUUUCAAUUGGAGAGCAUACCGAAAUACCGUCAAUAAGUUCAUUAUCAUAAGAUGGAGCAUGGAGAAAAAGUAAAAAUGGCGGAUUCUCAAGGAACCCCUACGCUGUUCUCUCCUUACAAGAUGGGCAAAUUCAAUCUUUCCCACAGGGUGGUGCUAGCGCCUAUGACGAGAUGCAGGGCGUUGAAUGGAAUUCCAAGGCCGGCGCUUGCUGAAUAUUACACGCAGAGGUCCACUCCUGGCGGCUUUCUCAUCACUGAAGGAACGUUGAUCUCCGACACUGGAGCAGGGUUUCCACAUGUUCCUGGAAUCUACAAUGAAGAACAGGUGGAGGCAUGGAAGAUGAUUGUGGAUGCUGUUCAUGCCAAAGGAGGCAUCAUUUUCUGUCAACUAUGGCAUGUUGGCCGAGCAUCUCAUACAGUGUAUCAACCUGGUGGAGUGGCACCAAUAUCCUCAACAAACAAACCCAUCUCAAAGAGGUGGAGAAUUCUUAUGCCAGAUGGUAGCUAUGGCAUAUAUCCCAAACCUCGACCCCUGGAAACAUCAGAAAUACAAGAGGUUGUAGAGCAUUACCACAAAGCAGCCUUGAAUGCCAUUCGAGCAGGUUUUGAUGGGAUUGAGAUUCAUGGAGCACAUGGUUAUCUCAUCGAUCAAUUCUUAAAAGAUGGGAUCAAUGAUCGCACAGAUGAGUACGGUGGAUCAUUGGCAAACCGCUGCAAAUUCUUAAUGCAAAUUGUUCAAGCAGUAGCUUCAGCCAUUGGUAUAGAUAGAGUUGCGAUCAGAAUGUCGCCUGCAAUUGAUCACCUCGAUGCAACCGACUCUAAUCCGCUCAACCUAGGCUUGGCUGUGAUUGAGAGACUUAACAAGCUUCAGUUACAGCUGGGGUCAAAACUCGCUUAUCUUCAUGUGACGCAACCUCGUUAUCAUGCUUACGGGCAAACCGAAUCAGGCAAACACGGGAAUGAAGACGAGGAAGCUUAUUUAUUGAAGGAACUGAAGCGGACUUAUCAGGGAACUUUCAUGUGUAGUGGCGGGUUCAAUAGGGAGCUGGGAAUGCAAGCUGUGGCCGAGGGUGAUGCAGAUCUUGUAUCUUACGGCCGCCUUUUCAUCUCAAAUCCUGACCUAGUCUUGAGGUUGAAGGUCAAUGCACCAUUAAAUAGGUACAUUAGGAAGACGUUCUAUACUCAUGAUCCUGUUGUUGGGUACACAGACUAUCCAUUCCUGAACGAAGAGAAAGGUAGACAAGUACAGUCACGCCUUUGAUGUGCAAUCGCCAUUGAUUGUUUAAUAUCAAACAUUUGCCAUAAAAGUUGAUUGAGCAAAUACUAGGUUCAAUCGCCAUUGAUUGUGCACGUAUUCCUCUUAUGUACCAAUGUUAUUUGCAAUCGAUACUCAGCUACCUUAUUUUA